AUGCCCUCCGCAGUGACCAAGGACGAUGUUGGCAGAUCCCUGCUUGCAUUCGUGGCUGAUGGCAAGUACCCGGACUCCGAAGAUGUUGUAUCUACGGAUUUCGCUCCUCAUUUCCUUCCAAAAGGAUUGCAAGAUAUUUCUCAGGCUCGCGCACUGGAAGAAAUCAACGCUUUGAGUCAAGGCACAGCUUCGGAUGUUGAUGGGUGGAUAUCCCAAGCUCGCCAGCUACGUGCGGACAUCGAGCGAUCUCGAGAGACCGCACGAGAUAUUGUCGCCCAACACGAACGGACCCAACCACUGCAAGACAAAGUCAAGGAUGCCUCGGCCAAGGUGCAGCUUAUCACCAACGAACUUGCCUUCAAUGAAGCGGUUACCGAUGUUCUCGGAGAAGUCCAGAAGUUCUCUUCGCAUAUAUUCAAUAGUCACAAAGCUGUUGAAGAGGAGGACAUUGAUAAUUCCAUCACAUCUCUUGAAGCCGCCGAAAGACUCUUAGAAAGCCACAAUCUGAUGAGAUAUACCAGCAUUUCAAGUAUUCUACGUGAAAGGGUCUCUUCUCUGCGCACGUCUAUUGUCGAUUUACUGCUGUCGUGCUGGGCGCGUCAGGUACGAUUAAGCAAAAACGAAUUUGAGGUUAUCAUCAACGAUGAGUCUAAGCAACCUACAUUAUCAACUCUGGUCACAUCAUUAUCUCGUCUCGGCAUACUUGAUUCCGUGAAAAGUUCGUUUCAGCAUGGUGUAUUGGAGAAUAUUAUUCAACCGGUCCUCAUGCCACGCACCCCCGGGAAAAGCCGUGAAAUUUCAGUUGGAGACCAUGGCAUUCGGGUAGGGGAGCCAUUACCUUCAUCGAUACCUGAAGUUCUCACCCGCCUGGUUUCCAUCCUACGUUAUUUGCGAGAGAAACUACCAGGCUCCGUUGUGGAGUCUGCAGCAGAGGCUAUCAUACCGCAAAUAUCGGUUAUAUUCAGUGAGUCAUGGUUAACCCCAACGAUUCCGCUGAAUUUGGACAGUAUACGGGAUUUCGAGGACACAUUGGUGCGUGUAAACGAGUUCUCUAAGACAAUAGAAACAUUUGGGUGGCAUGGCCAAGAGCAACUUGUUUCAUGGGUUAAUCAUUUCCCUCGGCUGUGGCUUACUCGCCGCAGAGUAGACUCUUUGGAUCAAGUCCGUGGAAUCCUUGUCCAGAGUCAAGGCAGUACGAAGGAAGUCGAGAGGGUCGAGAAAGAGGUUGUGACAAAUAAAGAUGAUGUCCUCCUAGAGACCGGUAUAACGGAGGACUGGGAUGCUAAUUGGGGCAAUGAAAGUGAAGAGGAGGAAUCCACCAAAACCAGUGCUCCUCAAGAAUCUAAAGGAGAUGACUUCGAUGCUUGGGGGCUCGAAGAGGAGCUGGAUGAUGCAGAAAAAGCAGCUGAUGAGGAUGAGAAUGACGAUGAUGCUUGGGGUUGGGGCGAGGAGGCUGAUGAAGAGUGUACUCCUGACAAGCCGGAAGCUUUUAGCGAAGUUAAAAGUCAGGGAAAAGACCUUCCAGCAGAGAAGGGUUUGGCAGCCAGGGAAAUCACAUUGACAGAGCGCUACACGAUUACAGAUAUUCCGGACUCAGUCACUGCUCUGCUCGCACAGCAGAUUUCAGAUUCUGAAUCCUUAUCAAAGCCAGACCUUUACCUUGCUGAGAAGGUCCGCAGCCUAGUGGAAGAGCAUCAACUCACAAGACUGGCAGCGGACAUCGAAGGCUUGGAACGAUUCGGCAAACUAUCUUAUAGCAAGGAAAUGCAAACACAACGAAUUAUUAUCACGGACUUGCUUGAUGGAAGCCAAGGCUUCGCUCGUUGCUCGGAGCAGCCAUUUCUGAGAGAAUGCGAGAAUGCGGUGGAUGCAACAGUUGACAGGAUUCGUAGCGUCUUCAAAGAGUGGCAGCCGAUCCUAUCGCACUCGGCGCUUCUCCAAGCAAUGGGAUCUCUCAUGUCUUCGGUUAUCAACAAAGUGAUUGUUGACAUUGAAGACCUAUCCGACAUAUCAGAGGCAGAAUCUCAAACAUUAAUUGCUCUUUGCAAUAGACUCUCCACGCUGGAAGACAUAUUCAUUCCCAAAACGGACGUUGGCGCGACUUCUAUGGCAGCCGUCUACGUUCGAAGCUGGUUGAAGUUCCAGUAUUUGAUAAACAUACUCGAGAGCUCGUUAGCGGACAUCAGGUUCCUAUGGACAGAAGGAGAAUUGCGCCUGGAGUUCUCCGCUGAGGAAGUAAUAGAGUUGAUCACAGCUCUUUUUGCAGAGUCUGACCAUCGGCGGAAGACGAUAUCUGAGAUCAGGCGAACACGUUAG